AUGAAAGAAAACAAUGGACACGCAGCUCGUCGCGCGCUAAGUCGAAGAGUCGGUAUCGUCUUGGUUUCUUUUGCCGUUCUAUUGGCAAUAUUAUUGGCCGUCAAGUCUCACGUUCGACACAAAAAGCCAUUCUCACUGUCAACAAGACCACAUCAACCUUCUCGUUGGGGAACGCGAGGGCGAGGAGGAUCAAUGGCGUAUCUGAGCGAAGCAGAGGUUCUGGAAGAUAUAUUACUCGCCAAACUGCACCUAGUGGAUAUCCGGGUCGAAGACGCCGACGCUUUGCAAAAGGCCAGUAAGGCCUCAGUAACAGCCGAUAGCAACACUUCUUACGAUCACGAGUCCGCUACUCCAUACGCGGGUAUAACCGGUUUCUUUUGCACCCUAGACUGGUCCGUGCACAAGCUGGAUCCGGCCAGCACCCCAAUGUUUCGGGACUUGACAGCCAAAAGCGCUUCCUGUGACGGUCCUCGAAAAAUGGACCUUGGGAAAGUAGUCCAGGCUGCGCGGGAACGAGAUAGCGACAUCAACCCUCGUCGCGUCAGUAGCGUCCACGUUCUGAACUUAGCGGCCGUUGUUUUCCACGAAUCGCGAUGUGGGAGCACGUUGGUAGCAAAUAUUCUGGCCGGUAUGAAUCCUGCGGCCCACCGGGUGUACUCGGAAUCGCCACCGCCACUACACGCUCUCAAAACAGUCUGUGGCGAGGACUAUUCCCACUGUGCGAAAACAAUAUCUGCACGUAUAUUACGUGAUGUCGUCUAUCUCAUGAGUCGCUCCAACGACUUGAAGGAAACACGGGUCUUUUUCAAAGUUCAAUCCCUCGGAAGUCGCAAUAUUGAGGUGUUCCAACAAGCCUUCCCCGCCACUCCCUGGUUGUUUGUGUACCGCGACCCUGUUGAAAUACUUAUGAGUCAGCUAGCCAACGGACCGCGUAAUGCUAACUGCGUCCGUCCUCAACGACUGCAUACACAGCCGACCAGCGUACAUCGUGUUUGGCAACACCGUGGAAGUAGCGCGACAACAAACUUGAAAACGCUGUCACCGGAAGAGUACUGUGCCGUACACUUGGCGACUAUCACGGAAACAGCCGUUGAGCAGCUACAAUAUGGUUCACAGCUGCAAGGAGUUCCUAUUAAUUACGCUUCCCUCAAACCGAUGCUGCUUAAAAGGAGGUGCGCCGUAUUGACUUAG